AUGUCCAGCAACAUCGACCAUCUCACUAUCACUGCUCCGGAAGAGCACUUCGAGCCUCUCAUCGAGUGGUAUAAGAAGGCUCUCUCUCCCCUAGGUUAUAAAGAAAUCAUGCGUUUCCCAAAUAUUGUCGGACUGGGCAGCGAGAUCCCCGACUUCUGGGUCGCCCAGAAGGAGACACAUAUCCCGUCGGGGUUCCAUUUUGCCUUCACUGCUCCUAACCGUGCUGCUGUUGAUGCGUUUCACACAGCUGCUAUCGAUGCUGGGGGCACCUGCAAUGGCAAGCCUGGGUUGAGACCAGAGUAUCAUGAGAAUUACUACGGGGCUUUCGUUUUGGAUUUAUUGGGGAACAAUGUGGAGCUUGUUGCCCAUUCGCCUGAAGGCCAGAAUGAAUAA